AUGAGUGCCGUUAAGAAGACGCCUACAUCAAGUUCAGAAAAGUUAAAAGCUCAAGCAAACGCAGCAUACAACUCUGGCAAUUAUCAGAUGGCUAUUGAACUGUACAGCUACGCUCUCGAACAAGUACCCAAAUACGCUCCAUAUUUAACAAAUCGGGCGUUGUGCUACUAUCGCACGAAUGACGCCAACAAAGUACUGAAAGACUCUUUAGCAAGCAUUGAGUCUGAUCCGAACUGGGUGAAGGGUUAUUUCUACAAGGGAAAAGCGUUAGAAAUGUUGAACUGUAAGCAAGAAGCAAUUAGUUGUUAUCAGAAAUGCUGUGAAAUGGAACCGAAUCAAGAAGAAUACAAGAAAGUGUUGAGAGAAUGUUCAGGUCAAACGACGACGAAUGUAAUAUCGACUCCUGCAUCCAAUGCUAACUCCCAGCAACUUGCUCAACAUAAUGUUCGAUGCGAUGUGUGUAAUUGCUGUCCAAUCAUUGGCACUCGAUACAAAUGCUCUGAAUGUUUAGAUUAUGAUUUGUGCUCGAAAUGUCUCAGCUCAAAUCCAAACCAAAAAGGACAUAAAGACACUCACUCAUUCAUACCUUACAAACAACCGCAACCAGUUACUCGGCCGACAACUUCUUCAUCACCAUCACCCGUCCGACAAAUCGGUGUUGGUGUAGCCAUUCACAGUUACAACGUUGUUCUAGUCAUUGAUGUCUCGCUGUCGAUGAUUGGUUAUGAUUCGAAUAACAGGAUAAAUGAAUCAAAAAAUCGUUGGCCAGCAACAGAACGAGGAAUCAUAAAAAUUGCGAAUCAGUUGGGACUGAAUGAUCGUUUAACAUGUCUUGCAUUCAAUGCUAAAGUCUAUGAAAUCAUGGAUGCCGAAACAGCAAAUGUAGCCAAAUUGAAGUUAGCCUUGAUUAUGUCUCAACUAAAACCGGCACUCGAUGAUGCAAAUUCUGGCACAGCAUUGUACGAUGCAAUAAGUUCAACAUAUAAUGUCUUGUUGAGAAAUAAGUUGGCGGGUUUGUUCAUGCAAGACUCAAAUCGAAAUCAAAUAAUAUUGAUCACCGAUGGUGAAGAUGUUAGCUCAAAACAGAGUUCACUGCUAAAUGCUUCCAGACAAAUGAAAGAGAUAUGUCAAGAUUUAGAUACUGACGUACUGAUGAUCGGAAUCGAGCUCGAGUCACAGGGACGAUAUGCGAUGAAUAGACUUAAGCAAGCUGGCGGCGAUAAAUGUAAAUUCAUAGACUUGAAAAAUCUGACAGAACUGGAUGAUUUAUUUGAUAGGUUAUCGUUGGUUUUUACUCAACGAUCAGCUGUCAUCGAUGUAUAA